GGGCGGGGCCGGCUGUUGGCGGCGGUUGGUCCGGCCUUGGUGGCGGCUCCACGUGCGGGUGGGGACGAUGCGUCACUGAUUAGUGAGGCCCGGCCGAGGGGUCGGCCUCCGUCCGGAGUCUUCGGCUGGCUCCCCUCUCAGAGGAAUUAGGAUGAAUAUGACUCAAGCCCGAGUUCUGGUGGCUGGAGUGGUGGGUCUGGUGGUGGUCCUCCUCUACGCCUCCAUCCACAAGAUCGAGGAAGGACACCUGGCCGUGUACUACAGGGGAGGAGCUUUACUAACUAGCCCCAGUGGACCGGGCUAUCAUAUCAUGAUGCCUUUCAUUACUACCUUCAGAUCUGUGCAGACAACACUACAAACUGAUGAAGUUAAAAAUGUGCCUUGUGGAACAAGUGGUGGGGUCAUGAUCUAUAUUGACCGAAUAGAAGUGGUUAAUAUGUUGGCCCCUUGUGCAGUGUUCGAUAUCGUGAGGAACUACACUGCAGAUUAUGACAAGACCUUAAUCUUCAAUAAAAUCCACCAUGAACUGAACCAGUUUUGCAGUGCCCAUACACUUCAAGAAGUUUACAUUGAAUUGUUUGAUCAAAUAGACGAAAACCUCAAGCAAGCUCUGCAGAAAGAUUUAAACGUCAUGGCCCCAGGCCUCACCAUACAGGCUGUGCGUGUUACAAAACCCAAAAUCCCAGAAGCCAUAAGAAGAAAUUUUGAGUUAAUGGAGGCUGAGAAGACGAAACUUCUUAUAGCUGCACAGAGACAAAAGGUUGUGGAGAAAGAAGCUGAGACAGAGAGGAAAAAGGCUGUUAUAGAAGCAGAGAAGAUUGCACAAGUGGCAAAAAUUCGGUUUCAGCAGAAGGUGAUGGAGAAAGAAACCGAAAAGCGCAUUUCUGAAAUUGAAGAUGCUGCAUUCCUGGCCCGAGAGAAGGCGAAAGCAGAUGCUGAGUAUUAUGCCGCACACAAAUAUGCCACCUCAAACAAGCACAAAUUGACCCCGGAAUAUCUGGAGCUCAAAAGGUACCAGGCCAUUGCUUCUAACAGUAAGAUCUACUUUGGCAACAGCAUCCCUAGCAUGUUCGUGGACUCUUCUUGUGCUUUGAAAUAUUCAGAUGUUAGGACUGGAAGAAAAGGUUCUCUCCCCUCUAAGGAGGCUCUUGAACCCUCUGGAGAGAGUCCUGUCCAAAACAAGGAGAAUACAGGUUGAUGCAACAGAUGGAAAUGUUCUCCAGUAUCAAGAUGUGGCCCAAGGGGUUAAAUGGGAACAAUGGUUAUACAACUCUUCAGAUUUACGGAGAACUCACACUCUGUUCUGCCUCUCCUGUGGUCGUCCUGGUUUAUCAGCUGAUUGCAGGAUAGAACUAGCUGUCUGCACCCAGAUGGUCUUUUCAGCCGCAGUUUUAUCAACUAUCCUGAAUGUGUUCCUUUCUUAACUGGUACUCAUGAAUGAGAGAAAGUCUGAUGCUAAGAUACUGCCUGCACUGGAAUGUUAAACACUAGAUAUAUAACAAGCUAUGUUUUUCUAAGCUGAGAUCUAUUGAAUAAUGUUUACAUUGGUCCCUGUGGAAAUGUGUGUUCAGCCAUUCAAGAGAUUGGAGGCCAGAGAGAAGAUGGCCAGAAUGUGGUAAGUGUAAUGAAGACUGAUUGCUUUGGGACCCAGGCCCUCUCUUUGGGGUCCAGUCCUGGCAUUCAUCCCUGUGAUUAGCAUCUAGUCCACAAAAGUUCUUCAGGAAAUGAUCUUCCACUUGAGCAACCAUUUACUUGAUAAGAUUCUCACCUGUUUGAUUUCCUGUAGUCAAGAUGGUGGGCUGCUGGGACGUGCACCAUGCCACCCAAUCAGAGAUUCUUCAGAGAGAUUCCUAAUCAUUAGUUUAUUGCUUUAGUAAGCUCAGAGAUAGAGCUUGGUUUGAAGUUUGGGGUGAGAUGAAACCUUUGCUUUGAACCAAAGCUCAGGGGGACAUGCAUUCUCCAUUAGGUGAUGGAUGUCUGUGUCACUGCCUCAGGCCAUGUGUGACAAGUUGCCUGGUUUUUAGCCACAGACAACUCCUUAUAUGUCACCUCUCAGCUCUGACCAAGAGUGGAACAAAGACUUUAACCAGAAAUAGGAGCAGUAUCCAGUUCCUAGCUGUUCACUGCACAGUAUUGUAUCAUAACUGCAGGAAGUUUUUAUUUUUAAAACUGGAUUUGGGGUGCUUUCAUUUGCCCCAGUACCUCUGCCUCUAAAGGUCAAAUCCUGGGGCUGCCAUGGUUACUAGCCCACAGAUUCUCCUUCUGAAAUUGUUCAGGAGUCCACAUAGGGUGAAACAAGGAGUAACCUAGAAAGCAUCCUUGGUCAUCUUUUUCUCCGUCCCCCCUGGCCCAGAGAUGCUAAAAUCGAAGUUGUUCCCCAGCUUUUACCUCACCUAGGAGAUCAGGAUUAUUCCAGUGACUUCCUAGGCAGCCAGUGGAUUUUAAUUUCCAUGGGAGGCUGGUAAAAGUUAGCCUAUGGCUAUGGGAGAUCUAUUUUCAUCUGGACCUUUUUUACCUUAAGUUUCCUGAAUCAGUGAGCCCUGUAAUUAGGCCAGAAUUUAUGCAGUUUUAAGACACCUUUUAUGUACGCUGCAUUCAAGCCAGACAGAAAACUCAUGGGACCACUUCCGGAAACGUUUAAGCUAACUAUCAGUCUCAUGACAGCCUGUGGGUUGUGCCAAACACUUAAUAUGGGAAAGGAAUCCCAGAUUCAGGGUCUUUUCCCUAGGCCUUAUCCUAUAAAGGCAUUCGUAAUAUGAAAACGAUUUUUGUUUUUGCUCAUUUAAUUAUAUACAUUCUCUUUAUGAAUGAAUUUUGCAUUCUCUAGCCCUCUUUAAAAGGUCUUUGGAACUAUAUAAUAAACUGUCAUAUACGUUGCUGCAUAUAAAUAAUGAUUGUUGUGGGAAGUCUGGAUCAUUGACCUUUGUGCUUUCAUUCCUAGAGAUGUUUCCUAUUCCUAUGAGCUAAAAGCUGUUGCCCCAAAGUGGUGGAUGUGGGUUUUCUUACAAGCCACAAGCCCUGGUGGCAGAGUUGAGGAACAGGGAAGUAGCACUGUGAAGUUUUCGAGAAAGGACUUUUGUUUAAACUCUCCAUGGAGUGUGCUUCCCUGUGCUCACUGGAGCUCUCAGUCUGUCCCCCAUUCAGGGAUGUUCCUUUUGGUAAUCUUGAAGUCUAAAUUUAUAUGUGAAAUGCUACCUUUUUAAAAAAAGACACUGAAUAAAAUUAUUUUACUAUCAGUGA